AUGACCGACUUACAAAAUAGUACUACAUCGGGUGGCAAAAAUAAAUUAGUAGUUGAUCACGGUCCCGUUUUUAUUGCGAAUGUUUUGGCAGCAAGGCGCUCAUCACCGGUGAAAGACGUCGUUAAGCCUGACGAUUAUACGCCAGACCAUCUCCCUACUGAGAAUGAAAUACAACUAUACACGUGGAAAGAUGCUACGUUGAAAGAAAUUGCUAAUCUUUUUAAAGAAGUGAACUUUGAAUCAACUCGUCCAAAUGCACGAAUAUCAUUCAAACUAGUUUACAUUGAUAAUUUACGUGGAAAAUAUGCAUUCAAAGAUUUGGGUACGGUUCAUAAUAUGACAUCAACUUCUGAUGAUGACAUAAAUCUUGACGAUGCAAGAUUUGUUAUCGGAGACUUUUUGGACGUGGGUGUUUUCCAUGGUGCACCUCCACGAGCUCCUGAAAGACGAGGCAGUAUCUUAAAAGAUCGAAAUAGAGAACGGGAUCGGGCAAGGAACAGCUAUCGUAGUGUCGGAAACGAUCUUAGAGAUUAUGGUCAUCAACAUAUCCAAGUUCGAAAUGUUGUAACUUGCCUGCCACUAGAAAGAAGUUCAAAAAAUCCGCCAGAAGCAACUAAUACAAACUGGCUUCCCUUAGGAUGUAUUGCAUUGAUUUUUUUAAUUAAUAAAUUUAAUUGUUGGCUAAUAGAAUUAAAUCAACAAACUGAAUCUUUUUGA